GCGACCCCUCCACUGGACUCCCUCAAUGCAGACGCCCUCCAGUCCAAUCCGCCCACCACAAGCUCUGACUUCUCCUCUCCUUGUUCCUUUCCCCUUUUGCUAAAGACUCCUCCUCCUCCACUAGAUCUCUUCUUGUUUCUCUUACCAAACAGGAAAGGAAAAGCAGCACCACAAGUGAGACCUGUUGAGGUCGGAUGAUGUUCAAUUCGAUCGCCAUGGAAUGAAGUAGUCUUGCUGUUUGCUCUUGCUUGCUGGCCGGCUGGCGGGAUUCCCUCCAAUGGAAAGCACACAGUUCCAUUCAAAAAUUAACCACGUGGAAAAGCUCUAGACAUUCUCAAAAGAAACAGACUUUGCAUAGAUAAGAUUCAGGGUCGCUGAAGACACAAUGAGGGACAUGAAACAUGUAGAAUUUGUUGAACCAUACAGUGACAAUGGCCUCGAUAAAGAAACAGGUGCAGGUGCAAAUGCUGCUUCAGGGGUGGAAAUGACACUGAUCGCUACUACUCCACUCUCGGAGCUCAUUUGGACUCCAGAAGAAGGUUUAAGUCUCAAGUACACUGACUACAGCAAAGCUGAAAAUAAAGUCCCUUUCUUGUGGAAAGAAGAACCAUUCAACACGAUAAUUUCUACGUCAUAUUGUAAUAAUGGAGGAGAGUUCAGCACCAGUGAAGAUAGCACUAAGCAUUCAACUCAUGAUUCCCCUAAAAAUGCUGAUGCGGUUACUAUCGUAGAUUCUCAUACAAGACCGAGUCAUUUGCCGCUUCCCUCAAGCAGAAGAAUGCCUCAACAAAAUUCUAGAUCUUUUGGAGAUCUAAAGUUAGUAAAAGAAAUAAAUGAAGCGCGUUCUGAUUUAAACCAGACAGUUAGGAAUGAUGUUGGCACCACUUCUGCAAAAGAUGCAAUUGAUAAUAUUGUCGACAAGAUUACCUACCCAGCAGUUAAGGAAUCUGAUUUUGCGACAACUGCUGGAAUUUUGAAUGAGCCUGAAGCAGGAAUCGAUGUUUCAAGAAAAAAUGCGAAAUGUAGCUUUGUUGGAGUAUCAGGAUCUCAUCAUUUAGUGUCAGCAAAAAAUGGAAAGUCUAUUUCAAAUGUCAGAUCCACAGAUCAGAAAUAUACUGAUUCAGCUAUAGGGGAUCACAAAUACGACAAUUUUAAUAAGCUCGAUAAUUUGUCUUGCUUACUAGUUCACGGUGGACAAAAUUUAUGUGGUUCCAAGUCCAAAGGUAGUUGUCAAAACAAUGUAGCAUCAGUUGCUCACCACUGUUGUAAAUGCAAAACUCUACAUGCUAACACCGAGUAUGAGACCGCUGAAUUUAUUCAUAGAAAAUUGGAAAAGGGUAAGGAAAAGGUACUACAUGAUGAAGAUUAUGAUAGCCACUCAAAAGAGAAAGAGAGUGACACUGAGAGUGCUGAAAGCUGUAAUAGUAAGAGAAUGACUUCCAAAAGAAAUCAUUCUUAUACUUUUGAUAUGAAGAUAUCUGAAGGGUUUAAACGGAUGAAGAGGGAUAACAACGAAGGAUUUAAGCGGAUGAAUAGGGAGAACAACGAGGAUCCCUGCUCAGGAUCUCUUAUUAAAAAACCCAGCUCCUUUAUUAAUUGGAUGUCAACAAUAGCAAGUAAUUUUUCAAGAAAGACUUCUUUGUCUCUUCUUCCACAAUGCUAUAAUAGUGUGAAUGAAAAUUUUGGUGCUCUUCGAGUAUUGCAUGAGAAAAGUGAUCAGGAAGGCCUGAGCAGAACUGUGGGUUUUAACUCUUUCUUUCAGGCACUUUAUUCUCCAAAUUUCAUGUUAACUAAUACCAUAGCUGAUGGUGAUUAUCGAAGAAAAGUUAGUAUGUCAGGAGCUAGAAAAGUGAUGAGGGAUCAGAAUAAGGAAUCUCGUAAUGGUGCAAUGGGUAACUUUUCGCAGUUCAAGGUAAACAAGCCAACUCUUCAAAGAAACAUAAGCAGAACAUUCCAAGCAGGAGCUGACCAACAAUAUCGUUUGAAAGAUUUGAAUGCAUCUGUGAAUAUUGUAUGUGGUGAUAAUGCUAGCAAAUCACACAACCAAGAUUCUUCAGCUGAGAAGAACAGUUAUCCCGUUGAAGAUUUCCCUGCGAUAAUGAUCAACUUAUCUGCCUCCAGCACUAAAAUGUGUGAGCAGUUAAAGCAAAGCACAGAGAAUGGAUUUUAUUUGAAAGAAAGAAACAACUUGAUUUCCUCAGAUAAGAGAGUUUGCAUAGGUGCCAAAGAGAAUGAAAAUGUUGGGCCUAGUUCUGGUCGAAGGUUCCCUAUGAAUUUGAUAUAUAAUGACAAGAAUAGUUUUUCCGACAAUUUAUGGAUCACUCAUUUUUUGCAGAAGGCUUCCUCGCCUGCUUUGAACUCAGUUACGUGCAAUUUGAGCUUAAAUGAUAAUGUAAACACUAGCAAGAAAUCUUUCAACGAUGCCGGAAAGAAUUAUAUGCAGUCUCUAGGUACACGUGAACAACACCUUAACAGUUGUAAAUCAGCUGUGGAAGGCUUUAGGAUGGAUAAUAAAAGUCUUAUUUCUAAAAGUCAUUUUCCUGAGAGAAUUGUGCCCCCCACUGUGGAAGUUUAUGAAGACCGGCUAGCCGAGAGUCUAAUGAAAAUUAAACAAAAAACUUCAAGACAUUUAGAUAAUGAAGAAAAGGGUAGUCAGAUCAUACCACUCUGUAACAGUAUUGUUCCUCUUCCUGAUGUCACUAAGGAACAACUUGGAAUAUUCAAAGCAAUAAGGGGACUUCAUUUGUCUCGCACAAUUUUGAUAAGAUGGAUGAAAUCAAGAAAACUCAGCAAUAGCCUUGAAGGUUUUUUCUUGCGUCUGAGGCUUGGGAAAUGGGAGAAAGGACCAGGAGGAACUGGCUACAAGGUGGCUCGCAUAAUUAGUGCCAAGCAUGAAAACUGCCUUUCAGUAAGAAUUGGGAAUCUCAAAUGCUCACUAGAGUGCUGCUUUGUGUCUAAUCAUGAUUUUCUUGAGGAGGAGUUGAAGACUUGGUGGCUCUCUUCCACCUUAGAAGCUGAUAUCAAAUUACCCUCCAUGGAAGAACUAAGUCGAAAACUAAAAGAAAGGGAAGAGCUCGGGUUGUAGGUAGAUAGUUGUACUUGAUCAAUGUGUUGCUACUUACCGGAUUCCGAUGAGCUUAUCCGGAAUACUAUAUUCAAUUGUAUACAAGUAUAACAUGAACCGAUUGAAGGAAUGUGUUCUUGAGACAGA